AUGAAUGGCAACGCUGUUUCAGUGAACAGGACGGCCUACUCCGGUGUGCCAAACUUUGACGCCAACGGAGAUAUCAACGUUGAUGCAGCACCUGACGUUGACUUUAGAAUACAGGGCCGGACAUGGUAUUCCUUACCUACUUUCCGAUUUGUAAAUGUUGUUCAGACUAUCCUGCUACUGGACGCCGUCGUGUCGAUAGUGCUGUGGCUGACAGGUGGCAAUUCCCUAUACUUUGUGGACAGCAUUGUCCAGUUCCAUCUGACGGAAUCAGUGUUUGAUUUGGCAGUACUAGGGGCAUGUAAGGCAACUGUCAUAGUGUCAUUCUAUCAUUGUCUAGAGGAAACGAUGUUAAAAAACAUUCAACACCCACUGCAGCGUUCCUUCAAGAGAAAUGCGCGAGUGUUUCACACAUCGGUCGUGUUCCUCUCCUUUGCGUUCCUGGCGUUCUCGGCCACCAAAGGGGGACUGGUGCUGUACUCCAUCCUGCAAGACCCCUCCUACCCCGGAAUGCACUCCACGUACUAUGCCCUCGUGGUCAGCGCCGCCUGUUUCAGCCUCCUGGAGUUCUUUAUGUGUCUGUGGAGUUUUGUGGCGCUGCGGAAGCUGGAGUCUAUCCGUGUCAUCCACAGAGUCAACGCAAAGGGGGAGGAACUGGAUGAAGAAGGGAAACCGGUCGAGAAAGAUGUUGAUAUUAUCAGGUUGAUAACCCUUGCUAAACCUGAAAGCGGCCUCAUUUGCUUUGGUCUCAUAGGGCUUUUAGGGCAGAGUGUUGGAUCCAUCUUGUCCCCGAUGUUCUUUGGUCGCGUUGUAGAUGCGGCAAAACAAGACAUGGAUGCCUUGGACCUGACCGUGGUGACUGUUCUGGGUAUUUACAUACUGGGUUCCAUCUGCAGUAUGGCCAAAGGAUGUCUGUUCACACUAGCAGGACACAGAAUGGUGGCCAGGCUGAGAAUGAAACUGUUCGACGCCAUCAUCAGACAAGAGGUGGCUUUUUUCGACCAAAACCGGACGGGAGAAUUGUGUAACAGAUUAUCAUCCGAUACGCAGGUUAUCCAGAAUUGCCUGACGGUUAACGUGGCCAUGUUGGCAAAAAACAGUCUUCAGAUCAUAGGGUCAUUGUCGUUGAUGUUUUAUCUCAAAUCUUCCUUGACGGGGGUGCUGUUGGCUGUGAUGCCUGUGAUAUCUGUAGGCGCUGUUCAUUACGGUAAAUACAUGAAGAAAUGUAGGCGGUUGUUCCAAGACCACCUGGGGGAAGCUGGAAGCCAGGCGGAGGAAUCCCUCUCCUGCAUCAGAACUGUUCGGAUGUUCUCCGCAGAGGAGAAAGCAAGAGAUGAAUAUAAACAUUACAUCGAUCAAAGUUACAGCAUUGGGAAGAAAAUCGCUGUCGUUGAAGGGGGGUACAUGGGCGUUGUGGGUAUGGCCGUACAGGGCGGAGUUCUCCUGGUUCUGUGGUACGGGGGCAAGCUGCUCCACGACAACACCCUGGACCCCUCAACCGGUAUCAGCGCAGGAGUACUUGCCUCCUUCCUCAUGUACACCCUCUCAGUGUCCAUGUGUUUCGGUGUACUCUCCAGCGUGCUGGGAGACUUCAUGCAGGCUGUUGGUGCUUCUGGUAGAAUUUUCACCUUAAUGGACAGGCUUCCGGAAAUCGACACUGAAGAGGGGCUCGCACCUAUCACACUUGAAGGUGAGAUAGAGUUCAAGAAUGUAGACUUCAGUUACCCGAACAGACCAGAAGCCAAAGUCCUGAAGAAUUUAUCCUUCAGUGUCUUUCCUGGGCAGAUGGUUGCAUUAGUUGGCCCUUCUGGGGGAGGGAAGUCCACAAUCGUCACUAUGAUUGAGCGUUUCUACGACCCGCAGAAAGGGGCGAUAUUCUUAGGGGGACAUGAUCUGAAGACACUUGACCCUUCCUGGUUUCGUCGCAAGAUCGCAAUGGUGAGCCAAGAACCAACGUUGUUUGCAUGCUCCAUCAGAGACAACAUCACCUACGGUAGACUAGCGUCAGACAAGGAAGUGAUGGAGGCGGCCAAACAAGCCAAUGCACAUAACUUCAUCAUGACGUUUGAUGAUGGGUACGACACCUUGGUUGGGGAGAGAGGUAUGAGUCUGUCUGGGGGGCAGAAACAGAGGAUAGCCAUCGCCAGAGCCCUCAUCAUGGACCCGGUCAUCCUGCUGCUGGACGAGGCCACCAGUGCUCUAGAUGCAGAGAGUGAACACCUGGUCCAGGAGGCUAUAGACCGCGCCAUGAAGGGACGAACAGUCAUCGUCAUCGCUCACAGACUCUCCACUGUUCAAAAUGCACAUAAGGUGAUGGUGAUUGACCAAGGCCAUAUAGCCGAACACGGAACUCACUUAGAACUCAUGUUAAAAAAUGGUGUGUAUAAACGUCUUGUAUUACGUCAGCUUAUGGCGUCGGACAAUAAAAGUGAGAUCCGUCGGGAACAGAACAUGUGAGGGCAAUUCUCAAACGGAAUAGACGAAGAAUAUAGUCAUCAUAUUGCACCAGUCAACAGGAUAUUACUUGAGCGUGUGUCAAAACGUGCUUCGUAUGUAAUAAUACAUUCUGAAUAUAAAAUGUAGACACGACUACAGCGACUGUAAAACAGUCGCUGACAUGUUGAUAAUAAUUCCUGAACGUAUAGUCUAUACCAUCUAAGUGUGUGGAUGUUUUCAAGUGUACAUAUCUCACUUAAUAUAUCAUGUACAAUAACCAA